AUACUUCUCUUAUCAUUCCACCAAUCUGAGUCUCAAUCGAUUCAAUCUACACAUCUUCUUGAUCUCAUGAUCAGAGAUUACACCAUUAGAAACUUUAAGCUCAAUCUCAACACAGGCAUCACUCAGAAAAUCCAUCUACCGUCUAAUUUCUCUGGUAUCGAUAUUGACACAGUCAAGUUAAGGUGUGGGAGUUUGAGAAGAUAUGGAGCAAAAAUUGGAGAGUUUCACAUCGGUUCAGGCGUGACGGUGGAGCCAUGUCCGGAGAGAGUCAUGCUAAUUAGACAAAACCUUGGUUUGAAUUGGUCCUCAAUCUACUCUACUGGUUAUAACUUAUCCGGUUACAAUUACAAGCUCGUAUCACCGGUUCUCGGUUUAUUGGCUUAUAAUGCUAACCCUGACGGUGUGGCCACGAACCCUUACGAGGUAAACGUUAUGGCUACCGAUCAAAACCCAAUUUUGAUCGAUUUCUUGAGCAGCACGACAACUGAUAACCCUAACCCUAAGGCGACGAUGAAGAAGAACUCAUCUGUCUUGUGUGCGUGUUUCACAAGUAACGGUAACACAACGUUUAGUGAGCAAGUUUCGCCGUCUGUUUGUAAAGGGACAAGACAAGGGCAUUACGCUCUCGUGAUGAAAACCGAAGCUCGUAAAGAUGAUCAUGACGGUGGUGGUGGUGGAGUGGUGACGUCAUCGACGGAUAUGAAUGGUGGCAACGGAGGAGGAAAGUUGAGCCGGUGGAAAGUGGCGGUGGGGAGUGUGAUUGGGUCAGGGAUUGGAGCAAUUCUGCUGGGAAUGUUAGUGGUGGCGAUGUUGGUGAAGGUGAAGAAAAAAGCAAUGAGAGAAGAAAUGGAGAGAAGAGCUUAUGAAGAAGAAGCACUUCAGGUUUCAAUGGUGGGUCAUGUUAGAGCUCCUACUGCUCCUGGAACUAGAACUCUUCCUAGAAUUGCCGAUGAUAGAUUUAUUCCCAGUAGAUCCGGAUCCAAUUUUGCUCUCUUCGAUCUAUCUCCUUCUCCUAGUAAAGAUGGUAAGGAAGAUGGAGCUGGCUCUUACGCUACUCUGUUGCGUGCGGCCAUGUUUGGACCAGAGACGCCGGAGAAGAGAGAUAUUACUGGGUUCUCUUCUUCCAGGAAUAUUUUCAGGUUUAAGACGGAGACGCAUCGGUCUUUGAAUUCUUUUUCUCCUUUUGGUGUUGAUGAUUCUCCUGGUGUUUGUCAUAGUCCUGUUAAAGCUCCGAGGAAAGUUCCGCGAUCGCCGUAUAAAGUAUUGGAUGCACCGGCCUUGCAAGAUGAUUUUUAUCUGAAUCUUGUGGACUGGUCUGCACAAAAUGUUCUUGCAGUGGGAUUAGGGAACUGCGUUUAUUUAUGGAAUGCUUGUAGCAGCAAGGUAACUAAGUUAUGUGAUCUCGGAGCUGAGGAUAGUGUUUGCUCAGUGGGUUGGGCGUUACGUGGAACUCAUCUGGCUGUUGGAACUAGUACCGGGAAAGUUCAGAUAUGGGAUGCGUCGCGCUGCAAGAGAACAAGAACAAUGGAAGGUCAUCGUCUAAGAGUUGGAGCCCUGGCAUGGGGUUCAUCGGUUCUGUCAUCUGGUAGCAGAGAUAAGAGUAUUCUUCAGAGAGACAUAAGGUGUCAAGAAGAUCAUGUCAGUAAACUUACAGGUCACAAAUCUGAGGUAUGCGGACUCAAGUGGUCUUAUGACAACAGAGAGUUAGCAUCUGGUGGAAACGACAAUCGGCUUUUUGUAUGGAACCAACAUUCAACACAACCGGUUUUGAAAUAUAGUGAACACACUGCAGCGGUGAAAGCCAUUGCUUGGUCUCCUCAUGUUCAUGGGCUUCUUGCUUCUGGUGGGGGAACUGCUGAUCGGUGCAUACGUUUUUGGAAUACAACAACGAAUACUCAUUUAAGUUCCAUAGAUACUUGCAGUCAGGUAUGCAAUCUGGCUUGGUCUAAGAACGUAAACGAGCUAGUUAGCACGCACGGAUACUCUCAGAACCAAAUCAUUGUCUGGAAAUACCCAACCAUGUCCAAAAUUGCAACUCUUACUGGUCACACAUACCGCGUCCUGUACCUUGCGGUUUCACCCGAUGGACAGACGAUUGUAACAGGAGCAGGGGAUGAAACCUUACGGUUCUGGAACGUGUUCCCAUCCCCAAAAUCUCAGAAUACGGAUAGUGAAAUCGGGUCGUCUUUCUUUGGUAGAACAACAAUUCGGUGAAACUUUUCUUUCAAAACACACAAGACAAAGUCAUAAAUUCUUCAUUUCUUC